AUCAGAGUUAUCCAAAAAACGAAAGGAAAAACAUAGCAGAGUUGCAUAUUAAUAAUAAAAAUUUAGAAGACUAUUUAGAUUUAAGCGAUUUUCUUAACUUAAAACAUCUGGAUUGCUCAAAUAAUCGAUUGGCUAGUUUAAAUGUGACCAGUUGCUUGCAAUUAAAAACUAUUCAGUGUGAUUCUAAUGAGUUAACUAGUUUAGAUCUGAAUGGUCUAAGCCAAUUAAGUGCGAUCAGUUGUGGUGAUAAUUACUUAACUAGUUUUGAUUGUUUUCACUCCAAUCUCAAUUUUGAAAACUUAAUUGCUUUAAAUAUAGAAAAUAAUAAUUUUACCAAGCAAGAUUUAUCUUGUGUUAGUCAUCUGACUAACUUGCAAUAUUUGUUCAUUGGUAAUAAUAAAAAAGAAAGAAUCGAGAAAAAUAUCUAUAAUCGUUUUUGCGGUAGUUUAGAGCCUUUGAAAAAUAUUUCUGGACUAGAGGUUUUAGGUAUUUCUAAUACUGACAUUAACUCUGGACUGGAAUAUUUGCCAAAGAGUUUGAGUGUAGAGAAUAUUUAUUAUUCUAGCGAGUACAGACCCGAAAGUCAAGCGAAAGA